AUGUUCCUCGAUCGCUUCACCUUCCUCCACCCCUUGAUGGUGCGCAGUCGCCGCCGACCCGCAUCGACCACCUCCGGCUAUGUCGAGGAUACUGAGCAUGAGAUGUCAACCCUCGGCGCCAAGCGAGCCCCGCGCCCUCCCCUCCGGUCCCGACUCUUCAGUGCCGCUUCAUCCAUGUCUGCCAGGUCCGCGAGGGCCGCCCGCUCCGCUGGAUCUGCUAGGUCGACUGAAGCUUCUCCUUCCAACGCUCGCACUUACGGCAACUAUAAGAAGCGGGGGAGCUUCCUCAGUCGUCAUCGCCUCAGCGAGAAGCGUCGAUCCUCCCAGCAUCUCAGGUCCCUCAAACGUGCAGCUACGAUCACGACCGAAGACAAGGUCUCUCGUACGCCACCGGCCAAGUUCAAGCGUCGCCAAGUCGGACGGCUCCUAAAGAUCCCGCCUCAACCCACGACAGUCCAGCUCUCUCGUGGAUCCGAAAGAGAUGAGCUCGAUGCCCAAGCAGCAGAUCUCCGGCGCAGGAUCGCGACUCAAAGACGUCGCCUUGCCGCCGACCUUGCAGACGAUCUCAAGCCUUUCCCCCGCUAA